UUAGGGCUCCAAGCCCAUCCAGAGUUAUCUCCGACUGUGUUCAUCGCAAUCGCAGUAGCAGAAGCACCAGCAUUGACGUGAAUUUGCUUGUUGGGUUGUUUUUUAUUUUAUUUUUCAUGUUGUCGCGGAGUGCUGUAGUUCAGCGUCCUGAGCCGCCCCCCUGCCCCAUCUUUCACUUGUUUACAGCUCGCACUUCGAACCCCAAGGCCUCCGGACGCGACUGUCUGACGGAUUUGGUGAGGCUUGGUGGUAGCCUCGACAGGGAGGCUGUUUGUCGAGAAGGUCGAGUUUGGGUGGGGUUGGUCUAGGACGCCAGGGUGCUGCACUGUUUACCGAGAUGAGUACAGGCAGGGGCGGCGGCGGCGCCGUCGUCGACAUCCCAGUUAGCACGAAGAAGGUGGUGCAAGACCUCAAGGAGGUGGUCGGGAACAGCGAGGAGGAGAUUUAUGCCAUGCUCAAAGAGUGUAACAUGGACCCAAACGAAACCGUGCAACGGCUGUUGAGUCAAGAUUCGUUUCAUGAAGUGAGGAGGAAGCGGGACAAAAAAAAAGAGCGGAGUGGAGGAGCGAAGGACAGGGAUGUUGACAUGAUGGGGCGUCCUGGGAGUGGUGGUUACACCAGGGGAGGUGGGCGUGGUGGUGGUGGUGGAAGAGGAGGUUCUCUGCCGCGUUACAGUUCACAAGAGUCCCCUGGUGGGCGAGGUCGAUCGUAUGGGAGAGAAAAUGGAAUUCAUUCUGGUUCACAAAGUUCGAGCACGUUUUCAAACUCGAGCCCUGCACACGGUCCCGCGAAGCCGUCGGCUUCGGCGCCGAGCCCUGUGCCGGCCGCAACAGGCGCAGCACUACCAGCUCAAGCCCUGAAUGCAGGCAGCGGAAGCUCAGCAGGAGCAGCAAAUGGAAUCAGCGGAAAUGUGAGACCCUCACCAGCCCCUCAAGGAGCAUGGGCGUCAGGUCACAGUACAAUGGCAGAUCUAUUAAAAGGACGAGCAGCUCAUCCUCCACCUCCCUCGAGCUUCCAAGCCCCUCCAACUCCCCCAAUCGUUCCGGCCGUCCAAGCGGCGGUGACGCCGUCGUAUCCAGCAGCCGCAGCCCCUGCGGCAGCAUCUAUAUCCUCACCGGAGUCGUCGGAGUUUUGUUCGUCGACUGCGGACCCGGUGCUACUAACGUCGAUAGAUUCGCAGGCCCUGGAUGCAAAAGUUGCAAUCCGAUCGGUGGGCAAUCAGCUGCCGAUCGGAGACCAGCCCGUAAGUUCGACGGAAACAGAGGUGACUAUAAAUUCAAUCGCAGCGUCACCAUCCGCUCAAGCAAGCGUUAAUCCAGCGGACAUAGAGCCUGGACACCUAGAGACUGAGGUGGAGGUGGUGGGAGCGCGACCAUCUUCUCCCUCUGCUGCGGCAGCGACUGCACCGUCGAAUCCAGAUGCGAUCGUGGACGAAGCUGCCUUGAGGAUGGAAGCCGGCAACUCGCAAGGACAUGCGUCAAUUAGCGUACUUGGCGGGAGUCAGUUUAACGGGCGGCCUUUGUAUGGAUCCUUGCAGCAGCCUGUGGGCACUCAGAAAGUUGCGGGGAGCGGUGAUUCGGAGUGGACGACCAAUGCCCCAGGUCAUAACUUGCUAGGAGUGUCAUCGGACGGUAGUUCUCAGGGUCUGGAUGCCGUGGACCCCACGAGCAUAGCACAAGCUUACCAUUCUUUGAGUAUACAGGAUGAUGAGCCGGUGAUCAUACCGACGCAUCUCCGAGUGCCGGAUGCUGACCGCUCGCAUCUUAGCUUCGGCAGCUUUGGGGCCGAUUUCGGGACGAGCUUUGCGCUUGCAGAAGUGCAGGAGAACAAGAAGAACGUUGAGACAAUUGCAGCGGAGGAGGCUCCCAUCGAGCUGUCUCCUCCAUCAAGCGUUGAAGCCCAAGUGCAGACGGUUCAGUCGUAUGGGCUGCAGCAAGUGCCGACUCUGGUGGAGAACAUGACCACGACCGUGGAGGCGCCAUCCGUGGUCCAUCAAGCUCCUGUGGUUCCAGUUCAGGAGCAGCACACGAAAGCUGACCCUGUGGUGCAGCAGACACCUUAUUUCUUGGGGGCCUCAAACUACCCUGGGUUUGGGCGGAUGCCACAUAUCCCCGGCAGUCAAUAUGGGUACGAACAAGCGGAGUCGGUACCUCAAGACGCACCUCGUAUUCCAAACAUAAUGCCGACAUACGAUCCGACGACGAGUUACUACACUUCAGCAUUCCGGGGAGCAGAAUCCGAUCGGCUGUAUUCUCCCUACGCUCCGACUUACACCGCAAGCAAGUAUUCUGGGAAUAUUGGUCUGAUGGCAGCUCCAUCCCUUCCAUCAUCUCAGGAGCGAGGGAAUGCGAUGCUAGCUUCUACAACACCCAGUGUGAGUGUUGCGCAAAGUUCGCAACCGGGAAACAACGUGCAGACUACACAAGUGAUGCCCCAGCAGGCUUUGCCGAUGCAUUACUCGCAGCCACCUUCGGGGCACUUCGGGAACUACAUGGGUUACCAGUACAUGCCGGCUACUUUUCCUUACUUGCUGCCUUCGUAUUCGCACCACGUUCACAACUCGAGCAGCGCAUCCUACGCUCAGCUUCCAGCAGGUUCCACGUAUACUCCUGCAGCAGCGGUAUCUUCUUACCCAGCGAGCGGAGCGGCGGCUGUGAAGUUUCCGAUGCAACAGUACAAGCCUGGGGCAGGGGCCGGAAACGCUCCUCAUUCUGCGCCAACCGUAGGAUAUGGAGGUUACACGACCACGCCUUCAGGAUAUGCGUCGAGUCCUACUGUGACAACCGGAACUGCUUCUGGGUACAUGGACGUGAACACAUCGCGUUACAAGGACAGCACCUUGUACAUUCCGGGUCAGCAGCAGGGAGACAGUUCGACGGUUUGGAUACAAACAGCGAUGCCUCGAGACAUGGGACCCUCCGGGGCCAUGCAGACGAGUUCAUACUACAAUUUGGCCGGGCAAGGUCAGCACAGCGGAUAUGCGCACUCUCAGCAACAACCCACGCACGGGCAUGCGCACCCAAGUGCGGCGUAUGCCAACUUGUACCAUCCGUCUCAAACAGGGCCGGCCCCAAGUCACCAGAUGCUUCAACAGCCCCAAAGCAUGGUAGGCGGAGGGGGGAAUAGUCAAGCCGGAGCGUUCCAGCGUACACAACAGACAUGGAACAAUUCGAACUAUUAGUGGGCUGGCGUCAUGUAGUAUGUGCGAACGCGCAGAUUUGAUGUGAUUUCGGUGCGUUUGGUGUGCUGGGGGGUUGCUGACUGCCUUGGCUACAUUGAUACUCUCCACGCCAAUUCUAGAUGGUGGCAGUGUAGCAGAUGGGAUUGUUGUUGAAUAGGCAGCUUGGGAAGGCCGAGAGGGGUGGGUAAUGGCACAUGAAGAGUGUAAAUACAAGUUUGACGAUAACAGUAGGAUGGGUAUGGCGGAUUCAACCGUUGUCCUUGCCACAAAUUUUGAAUCACUGGCACACAAUGAAACUGUUAAACUUUGAGCUUUUACUCGCUUAGGAGAUC